UGUUACGAGAUUCGCCACCAGUUGCGAUUACAAUGAUGGCCGUGUUGUACAAGGUAGCAGUUCUUCUUGCCACAGCGUCCGUUUCAAUCGGACACCAACACAAGCAUCACAUGUGUCCGCCGCCGUUUGGGAUGAAGUCCUUUGAUGCCGACAGGUUCCAGGGUGACUGGUACGUUGUCUCUCAGUAUAUAAAAGUACCAUUCGCACCGGAAGGUAAAAUGUGCCUGCAGCUGAACUACAUUCCUUCCGGGACCGGAGAAAAUCCUGAAGCGGAGAUAACGGUGAGAAUAAAAAAGGAGACUGAGCUGAAGGACGUGGAGCUGCGGUGUGUUCCAGCAGGACCUUUCCGUCCGCCUGGAAAGGGUAGUGCGGUGUCAGUGUGCGUACUCAAGCUCAACGAGACCAAAUGGUACCCAACACUGCAGCACCAGAUACUGUCCACUGACUACACCAGCUAUGCAGUGACACAGACGUGCCUCGUGUAUUACGACGCCCACGAGGACGAAUUUCGACGAGUGUUCGCCGUCGAUGUGCUGUCCCGUCAGCCGUCGAUGCCCAAAGAAGAGCUGCAGCUUCUAAAGUCGAUUGCCAGCAGUGGUGAGGCAGAUAUCGAGAAGUUUAGAGAUAUCGACAAUGGCGACUGCUAGACGAGGGAGUCUGUAUGAACGUGCCUUCCAUCAAUAAAACUACUAUGAAUAAUGUGAAAAAAGCAUUCAC